GUACCACGUGUUUAACCGGCUUCGUGUUCCUUUUCAAGAUUUUCUCUCUUAAUGUUAUUUAGUCUGAUCUCAGAGAGAGAGAGAGAGAGAGAGAGAGAGAGAGCCAACAGAAGCAAAUAAGAAAAAAACAUAGGAACCAUGAGUAGCUCCGGCGCGCAGCUUCACAACGUUUUCGUCUAUGGUAGUUUACAGGAGCCUGACGUCACUUAUGUCAUGCUUGAGCGUAUUCCUGAAAGCAUAUCUGCCACACUCCCUGGCUUUAAGAGGAUGAGGCUUAAAGGAUGUUUGUAUCCAUGUAUUGUGCCGUCUGAGGAAGGAGAAGUCCAUGGAAAGGUACUAAAGGGAUUAACAGAUGAAGAACUCGGGAAUUUAGAUGCUGUUGAGGGUAAUGGAUCUGAGCGAGUGACAGUUGGUGUUGUACGAGAGGACAACUCAGAGAAGAUGCCUGUGAAAACAAAUAUAUGGAUCGAUAAGAAUGAUCCUGAUCUUGAUGGAGAAUGGGAUUUCGAGGAGUGGAAACGACUACACAAGAAAAAAUUCAUAGAGACGUUCAAAGAAAUUAUGGAAUGGAAGAAGGACCCUCAGGGGAAGGGAAGGGAUACAUUCAGCCAUGUCUUACGAGAAGAUCACGUGAAUGCUCAAUUUUCUUGAAUGGAUUGUGUGUUGAGUGUGUUCUAUAUAUCACCUUUGUUUCCAAAUUUCCAAUAAAAUAAAACCUAGAGUGAUAGGUAUAGUGGGGUUUUUUUUUGUUUUGAAAAAGGUACUUUGGAGUUCUGUGAAGAUAAUCAUAAUGACAUGUAAAGAUUUGAGUUAUCUUGUCGGUUGUAUUAUAUUGUGAUUAACUCAAAUCGGUUGUAUUAUUGUGAUGUAAGCCUUUUAGAGA